GAUCUACUACUCCUCCUACUAUAUAGAUCUUGAAAAUACAUAUAAAAAAAAAAAUAUAGAUCUAGAGGGUAAUCUAAGUCAAGUUAUGGCAGAUGUUGAUCUAAGCGAACCAGAAAAAGUGUACAUAUUGCACAGUGUACAGGAAAAUUUGAGAGAGGAUGGGCGAGGCUGUGAAGACUUUCGUCAUAUGGAGGUGGAAACAGGACUUAUAUCAAAUACAAAUGGCUCUGCUCGUGUUAGACUGGCAAGCACAGAUGUUUUGGUAGGAAUAAAAGUUCAGCUGACACCAGUUGAUCCUAAAAAACCGAAUGUUGGGAGAAUCGAAUUCUUCUUAGAUUGCUCAGCCAAUGCCACGCCUGCUUUUGAAGGCCGUGGAGGAGAAGGACUUGCCUCAGAAAUAACUGCCAUGUUGACACGCUCUUACAGUUGCUUCAGUGCCAUCGAUUACACUUCCCUGUGUUUACUUCCUGGGCAGCAGUGUUGGUUACUCUACAUUGAUAUACUUCUACUAGAAUGUGGAGGAAAUUUAUUUGAUGCUGUUUCUAUAGCAGUGAAGGCAGCACUUUUCAAUCUCAGGAUUCCUAAUGUCACAAUGACAAAAGAUGAAGGUGGCAUAGAACUGGAUGUUUCAGAUGACCCCUUUGACUUUAAAAGAUUAGACGUCAGUGGUGCACCAGUUAUUGUCACAGUUAACAAGAUAGGUCACCAACAUGUUGUAGAUGCUAGUGAAAAGGAGGAAGCCUGCAGUUUAGCUAAAGUCAUGCUGGGCAUUACAGAGAAGGGAACUGUUACUGCAAUGAAAAAAGAAGGGUCUGGAAGUUUAGAUUCUGAGAGCAUUUCAGAAAUGAUUGAGAGUGCCAAAAACGUUGGGAUUGAACUCAAUAAAUGUUUGCUAAACAUUUUAAAAGAGGAGGAGGCUAAGAUUGAGGAACCAGUUGGAUUUUUAAGAUAAUUAGUUUAGAAACAAUUGUUGAUGCUGUGUAAAUAAAGUUUUUUUUUGUU